CGGCCCGGCCGGAUUUGAUUGCGCACACUUUAUCCAGGACUAUCAGCAAUAUCAGUGUGUAUCACAAUGGCAAAUGGUCCUCCAACGCCACCUCCGACGACCGAUGUUGAAAUUCAAGACGAGGCCAGAAUGAACGAUACUCUUCCUCCCGCUGUCGAUGGAACAUCUGAUCCAGCACCGGAAGCAACUUCUGCCCAACCUCCACCGCAACAAUCGAACCAGAUUCAGGACCCUUACGGGCUCAUUUUUCCAAGAAUUGCAGAACUCGCCACACAGAAGCGAUGGAUCGAGUUGAUAGAUAUAGCAGAGAUUACAGAAAUUAAUGCCAAUAAUGACCAGAAACUUUCCCGAUUGUUCGUGAUCGUACCUCUAGUUUUAGCAUACCUCAUAAAGAAUGAUCUUCCUAUCGCGAAACUUGUCCUGGAACGCCUACCUCCCGAUAUAAGAUUGAACCCUUUAAUAAAGAAUCUUGGGUUGCUUACUACAUCAUAUUCAGCUGGAGCAUAUGAACAAAUAUAUAGCAACGCAAACGCGUUGGUGAACGCCGUGGCAAAACCUGAAUUUCAACAACCUGAGCUUGCACAAGUGAUCAAUAUCAUGGUCGAGUCUUUUCUGUUCUCGUUCCGAGAUAGGACCUUCUUGUUGCUUUCUAGAGCAUACACUUCCAUCACCCUCUCGCUCGCUGAAAUGUAUUUUGGUCUGGGUUCUUCGGAACUUUUACCAGUUGCUGCUCGUCAUGGGUGGGCCUACGAUACAUCUACAAAGGUUCUGAAGCCUGUGCCAACAAACGAACCUGCUUCAUUCGUUGCCCCAGCUGUCUCCUCACUUGUUAAUUUCAACUUCAUUGCCCAGAGUGUAUCACAACUUGAGAUGUAGUAUAUCCAGGCAAAAAUAUUGUACGAACAUGAGAACAAAAACUAGGCGUUGCGCAUCAUUUACCAUCUCGAAUUGUUGCACUAUACUAUGUAUGUAGCCAAAUUGAAAGAAGUCUGAGGCGCUUAAAUUGAAAAACUACCUUUUGACCUUGCACAUC